AUGUCCUCGCUCGUCCAUAAAUUGGGCCUCUCUACCGAGUUGUCAUGGCACGAUGUUUACUCUCUCGAUGACCCGUCCUUGCUAGCCUUCGUUCCCCGUCCAGCUCAUGCCCUUCUGCUGGUCUUUCCUGUAUCUUCCGCGUACGAAAAAGCUCGCCACGAAGAAGAUAAGUCUUUGCCAGAUUACAGCGGUACCGGAUCGAAGGAAGAGGUCCUUUGGUUCAAGCAGACGAUCGGAAAUGCUUGCGGCCUCAUGGGAUUGUUACAUGCAGCCUGUAACGGAAUGACCCGAGAUCUUAUUGCACCCUCGACACCUCUCUCCCACCUCAUCACCGACGCUCUGCCACUCGAUCCCACAUCUCGCUCCAAGCUUCUCGAAACAUCUGACAGCCUUGCGGCUGCUCAUGCCUCUGCAGCUGCCGAGGGUGAUACAACAGCUCCAGCUGCUGACGAGCGGAUUGAUCUGCACUACGUCGCUUUUGUAAAAUCAGCGGAGAACAAUCUUUGGGAGCUGGAUGGAAGGCGCAAGGGUCCACUGAACAGAGGAACGCUUAAGGACGGAGAGGAUGUGCUCGGAGCGAAAGCCUUGGAACUAGGACCGAAGAGGUUUUUAAGGCGUGAAGAGGAGGCUGGUGGCGGAGAGCUGCGAUUUUCUUUGUUGGCUCUGGGCCCAAGUCUUGAGUAA